AUGGAAAAUAUAGAAGACGACGUGUCCAAACCAGCCCCUGUAAUUGUGGACUGUGACGUCCUAGAGGCUGCUAAAGAGAAUAUCCAGCCACUUGCAUCUGGUCGUAGAGUUACCACUCUUUCAGCUAUCCUGCAAACUCCUCACGCACAGCGGGAUGCGCAACUACUCGCAGCGCGCAGGCGCUUCCGUACGAACAUCCAAAUCGCACUCGAAGAUGAUGAUGAUGAUCCACUGGAAGCAUACUCGCGUUUUGUUCAAUGGACUCUCGAAAAUUACCCCCAAGGACAAAGCGCGGAGUCUGGACUCUUAGAGCUUCUGGAAGAGGCAACAAGGGUAUUAAAGGACAACCGAGAGGGACGAUGGAAAGGGACGUCGACGUACCUCAAACUUUGGGUACUGUACGCGAGCUAUGUGGAGAAACCGACCAUCAUCUACAAUUUUUUGCUCGCAAAUGAUAUUGGAACCGACCAUGCUCUACUGUAUGAGGAAUACGCGGCUGCACUUGAGAGAGCCGGACGGCGCAGUGAAGCAGAUGCUGCAUAUCUACUUGGAAUUGCACGUCAGGCUUCUCCCCUUGAUAGACUUGUAGCAAAGCAUAGUGAAUUCCAGAAACGAAUGAUGACUGCAGCCACAAUGACUCCACAGCUCGCUCCAAAUGCUCCCCCACGUAGAACAGCGUUGGGGGUGACUUCCUCAUCUUCUGCCGCAGUACCAACUCCUUCGUCAUCAUCGCAAGCCAGUGCCAAUGGGUCUCGAAGUGGACCACGGCUAGGCACAAAUGCUCGUCUCCAAAUUUUCGUGGACCCUUCCGGAGCAGGGUCAGCCGACGCAAUGGACUCAGCCACACCUUAUCCUGAUAUCGGAACACGUAAAUCUCGGGUCAAAGAAAAUGUGCCGGAGGUCAGCAAAGCUGCAGGCAGCACCUUAAAGCAAGCAGGUCGUACUAGACGAAUUGCGUCUGGGUCGAAUUCGGGAGCAAUUGCACCAAAAAUUGUGCCUUUCAGAGACCCCGAACCAGACAUGGACGUGGAAGGAAAGGUUGUAACGGAGCCACCUCGCGUUCCCAUAUCAAGGCAGAAGGACACAGUAUCGGAGACUCCCACAAGGACUAGCACCAUCAUACCGUUUCAUGACGCCCCCAACGGUGGCGGCAUUCCGUCCAUCUCUCAAUUCACACCGUUUCGAGAUGAGCCUGAAAUGGACCCGUCGGCUGCAACGCUUGCACCUGAGAUGGUGAUGAAACUAAAAACUGUUGGGGGACCUGUUAUUGGAUCUGAAGCAGAAGCGUUGAGGAAAGAUCCUUUGAAGAAUUAUUCUACCGAAGAAUGUCCACAGGAUGACUGA